CCAACCCCUUAAUAGUUUUGCGUGCGUUAAGCAAGUUUAAACGAUUAAUUACAAUUUAAAUCAGCUUACAAGUGACCAAAACAAAAUUCCAUUGUUGCAGUAGAGCCAGCCAUUGGUCUACAAACAGAUAAACUAUAGUAGCACAUCUUAAACAAAAUAAAAAAAACAAAAACUUAUAAAAAAUAAUAAUUACUAAAAAUAAACUGAAAAAUUAUAGUGCUGAAAUAUAGAAAAAUAAAUAAAUAAACAAACAAAUAAAAGAAUAAAAAUAAAAUAAUAAAAACCAAGUACAAAAUGACGAAAUGGAAUGGAAGUAUUGUAAAAAACUUAAGCAUAUUUGAGCAAAAUUUAAAUUAUGAAAAUUUUCCCAGCAACAACAAUACAAUGACGAAUAUAAUUCACGAUACAACAGCAGCAGCAACAAAUAACAGUGACUUGGGAAAUUCAUCAUUCUUGAAUGCAAUUGAAAAUAGUAUUUAUAAUACCGCCUACGAUCAGCCCAUAAAUGUUGAGCCCAAACGUGAUUCAUUGACAGUUGUUAUACCGCUGACCAUUAUUUAUGUGCUGAUCUUUAUAACGGGCGUUAUAGGCAACAUUAGCACUUGUAUAGUGAUUAAGAAAAAUCGUUCCAUGCACACGGCCACCAAUUACUAUCUAUUUAGUUUGGCCAUUUCCGAUUUCUUGCUGCUGCUCUCGAGUGUACCGCAGGAGAUCUAUUCCACAUGGCGCAAAUAUCCUUAUGUAUUUGGUGAAUACUUUUGUGUGGGCCGUGGUAUUUUAGCAGAGACUUCGGCCAAUGCUACAGUUCUCACCAUAACGGCAUUUACGGUGGAACGUUAUGUGGCCAUAUGUCAUCCUUUUUUGGGCCAGGCCAUUUCGAAACUAAGUCGUGCCAUUCGCAUUAUCAUACUAAUUUGGUUGCUCUCCAUUAUGACCGCCGUACCACAGGCUCUGCAAUUUAGGGUAAUUUUGGUGGACGGCAUCACAAAGUGUGAUGCAGUACGCGUUAUUAUCAAACAUUCCUUUCAAUUGUCCACGUAUAUAUUUUUCUUUGCGCCCAUGUCUAUAAUAUUUGUGUUGUAUCUUUUGAUCGGUUUACAAUUGUAUCGUUCGAAUGUUAUUGGCGGUAGCAGUGUUGAUGGCGGCCAUGACAGUUCUAAUUCCAAGGAAUUACAUCGCUUCCGCAAUGCUUUGCCGCCCGGCUUGAAUAGUUCAAAUUCUCAAGUACGUCGUGGUCGUUUGGGUAUGAAAAGUACCCAAAGUGAUACGAUUUUGUAUCGAUAUUCGGGUGGUGCUCAAGUAAGUGCUGUGCGUGGACGUAUUAAUCAGGUUGGCACCAAAAGAGUUUUGAAAAUGUUGGUGGCCGUAGUCAUCUGUUUCUUUUUGUGUUGGGCACCAUUUCAUGCACAGCGUCUUAUAGCGGUCUAUGGCAGCAGUGUAAUAAUACCCACUGAAGAGGAGAGUAGUGCAGCAACCACAAUUUAUGAUGAUUCUCUAACAACUGAACAAAUAUUAGCAGCUACGGGAGCUGCAACUGCAGCUACAACUGAUCUCAAUCAUAAUAGUUUUAAGAAAAAUGCACAACAUGAUCAUCAUACAAAAAUCUACACAAUAUUGACGUAUAUUUCAGGUGUUUUGUAUUUCUUAUCCACCUGCAUUAAUCCGCUAUUGUACAAUCUCAUGAGUAAUAAAUUUCGUCAGGCUUUUAAGGCCAUACUCUUUGGUAAAACAUCCUCAAAUGCACGCCGAUCACAAACAUCCCAACGCAGCAUGAGUCGUAAGGCCACCACAAAUUCAUCGUCCAUACAUCGGGGCUCUUGUGAAUCGGAAAUGCAAUCAAAAGCUUCACUCUUACAGACUAUUUCCAAUGAUCGGAAAACAUCACCUAAAAUGAUUCCAUAAAUUGCAUUAUUUUUAAUUAUUUCUAAGCCUAUUUUUUAAUACACUUAAGAAUAUUUGUAUUAUCUUGUACUAAUUUUUAAUUGUUUAAAUUAAGUUUAAGCUGUAUUUGUUUAGAUUUAUUUAAAAACAAGUUAUUUUACAAAUAUUUAUAGUUUUUUUAUGCUAUUUUUACUAAAUUUAAGUUGUUUUCUAUGCUAUUUUAUAUUUUUGUUAUUUAAACUAAAGUUCGUAUCAGUUUGUUUGAGGUCUAACGUAAUUAGUUGGAAAACGGACGGCAUUGGAUUAGUGGGCGUGGCACUUCCCAUAUGAAGCAAAUAGUUAUUUUCGAAUAUCUGUAUUACUAUAAUUGCGAAAGACUUUAAUCUUUUCACAAAUAAAUUUCCCAUCACGAACCACUUUCUUAAUAUUUUACGUAGUUUGGCCUCUCCUAUAUACAGUAAAUAGUUAUUAUUGAAUAUCUGCAGAACUAAAGCAGUUAAAGCCUCUAUACUUGGUAACAGUUAUUUUGUUAGCAUUAUAAAUAAUAACAGGGGGCG